UUGAGAGAUGACACAGAGCUCAGAGAGCAGAGAUCCCAGGAUCCCGGUGCUGCCACUGCUGCCUAGAGCCUUCCACGUGCCACUACCCUGCUGCACUUCUCUCCCUGUGCACUGACAGAUGAUGAGGCGACUUCUGCAGACCGUUUUGUGGGUGCUGCUCUCAGCUCAGUUGGGGAUUUUAUCACUGGCCGACCAGAACCUGCCAAACUUUACUUGCAUCGGCCAAUCCUGUUAUGUUGGCUUCUGGAACAGCAAGCGGUACAAUAAGGCAGAGAGAAAGUGCAGGGAGUUGGGGGGGCAUCUGAUGGCCGUGAGAAGCUCUGUUGAAGCUGAAGUUGUUGAGAUGCUCAUGGGCGAAUCAGGCGAUAAGGUGGCCAGAGUGUGGAUAGGGCUGGAGCUGAGAGGACAGUGCACAGACAUCUCCCUGCCCCUGAGAGGGUUUCAGUGGGUGACAGGUGAGAGUGACACCAAUUAUUCCAACUGGAAGAGCAAUGAGAGAAAAUGUGGGGAUCAGUGUGUGGUUGUUCACAAGGACCUGUCCUGGGAAGAAGCUCUUUGCGAUUCCAAAACAGAUGGAAAUUUGUGUGAGAUCCCUUACUCUACUUCAUGCCAGCCCAUGAAUUUUCCCCAAGGAUUAGAUGUCACCUACGAAACACCCCUGGGCAUGGCAGGCCCAGGAAUCACUUUCCUUCCCCCUGACACCAAGGCAGUAAUACCCAGUGCCCACCUUUCACUAGUUUGUAAAGAUCAAGGUGAUGGAGAGAUGAAAUGGACUUCUGAAGAUGAUGGGGCUUGGAAUUGCAUGAUUGAAAAUGGGGGGUGUUCUUUUAUUUGUAAUGGGGAUACUGAGGGCUCAAGGUGUGAGUGUGGCCCAAACACGAUCCUUAGUGAUGAUGGCAGGAGCUGUAUCCCCCUACCAAGUAGUCUGCAGUGUAACCCUGACCAGCCUAAUGGCACCUGUGUGUGUGCUGAGGGCUUCACCUCGUCAGAGGAUGGGAGGACAUGCCAAGAUAUUGAUGAUUGUGCUCUCAUCCCUAACCCUUGUGAUCAGGUUUGCACCAACACAGACGGGAGCUUUAUAUGCACCUGCCUUCCUGGCUUUGUGAUGGCCGAUGGACAAUGCAAAGACAUCAUUGAAUGUGAUAAUGAAACCAUUUGCGAGCAGAAAUGCGAAAAUUUCCCUGGGGGUUUCAGCUGUGUCUGUGGUAAAGGCUACAUCAUUGACGAGAAAAAUCCAAGGAGAUGCAAGCCAAUAUGCAACACCACCAUCUGCCCUGCUUUCUGCCAUAACGGAUGCAGCUGCCCUGAAGGAUAUGUUCUGGACACAGAAGAAGAGCUUAAACCUGUGUGUAGAGAUAUUGAUGAAUGUGAAAAUGGAUUUUGCAAAGACUUGUGCAAGAAUUUGCCUGGCAGCUAUGCCUGCUAUUCAGAUGAAGGCAUUACAACAACACCAAUUCCACCAUUUAAACCAACUUCACCUAGGGAUGACCAUUCUGUUCAGCAGCCCAUUAUCGCUUUUGGCAUCUGUGUGGGCAUCCUGUCCAUUCUCAUUGUCCUUAUAGCCAUCAUUUGCCACCUGGUGAGGAAGCACCACAUGGACCAAGCGGCACUAGACUAUAAGAACCCAGAGAAAGGUGUGGUGCUCCAGCAGGUGAAAACAACAUCUUCAAUGAAAUUAUAGCGACUGUGCCUUGUCACAAUGUAAUAUCUUACACCCUCCCCCCAAACACCUUCCCUGUCUCGGUUAGAGACACAGGGAUAAUGGCAAGCAGAUGGAUACAGCUAACAGCUGGAUAAAGUUUAUGCUCCAGAUCAGGUAUCCAAACACUAUGUGGCUAGCAACAUUGGCUGCCAGGGUUCACUCAUUAUUUGUGUAAUUACUUGAGUGCAAGGCCAAGCAGGUGCCUAACCAUAUUGUAAAUAAAAAAAUCAAAGAAUUUUAGUCUGUUAGAUCUCAUUGGCAUUAAACAUCACAACACAAUGCCAAUGAAAUCUGCCCAGUGAGUUUAGUUUAAUGAGCCAGUAACCCUAAAGCGACAUGUUAUAUUCACUUAGUUUUCUUUUCCCAUAUAGCAGGGCUUACAAACCUAAGCUGAAAAAGAAUAUGAUUUGAAGUUACCGAGGACACAGGAGUUGUCUUUUUAUUUUACAGGUACAGGAUAGCAAUAACUGUCUUGUCAUAUUCAAUGCAUUAUUUUUAUGUCUUGGUCUUACUUGUCCUUUAACAUCACUGUCUGCUGCUGUGGGCUCUGAACAUGCAAAAGUGUUGUGCAAAUGCUCUGUUUGUAGCAAACACACACAUUGAGGGGUAUAACAUGUUGUUCUCUCAUCUAAAGGUAUGUACUAUCAUAUGUUGCUGUCAUCAUGUCUUUAAUGGAUCUACUGGGAGCUAUAAUCCAAUCCUUUUCUGACAGCCAGGCCAGAGAUAGAACUGAUGUUACAACAGCAGACUUUGUGCACAUACAGAUGGAGCACUGGUUUUCUAAAUAAUAUAUCAGGAUUUCCCAAACAGUUCCUAUGGGUUUACAUCAUUAAACGGCUUCAAGUAUGCUGAACACUUUCCAGAUGAUAAUGCCAAAAUUUGGUAUAUGUAAGGGAAUAUAUAUAUAUAUAGAAAGAGAGAGAGAGAGAGAUUUCUUUAAUUUGGAAUAAAUAUGUUAUACUGCUUGUUACAUCCUUAUCUGAACUACUGAGUAUUAUCAAUGGCCUUAAAAAUCAAAGAAAGUUGUGGGAGAUUGUCUAAAGUAAAAACCUUUUUAUAUAACUGCCUAUUUUAAGCUUUACUGUUCCUUUAAGAUUCUAGAUUCAAGACACGGAACCCUUUGCAUUACUGAGCACCCCACGAGUUCUGAGUUCUGUUUUCAGUGCAGCAGGUUCAAAUAAGCUUAUGCACUAAAUGUAUAUAACAAGCAGUCGCCCUGUGUGUAUGGUGUGUAAACAAGGCUAUAGCAGCUCUACUGAAAUACAAUGUAAGGGAAAUAUAUAAAUGGAGAGAACAGGGGGCAUUUUUACCAGCCGCCCCAGGUACACUCGGAAUUCAGAGAACAGAGCUCGCACUGAGUUAAAAUGCCUGUGGAGGAAAGAGUAAACUGUAAAUUGUAAUGUUACAUGGUGUUACAUUGAUUUGUGAAUAGUUAUUUAUUUUUUAAGGACAAACAUGUACAGAUACUUUUCAUAAUUAAACUAUAUUUUAAGAAGAAAA